UUUAUUUUUUGCAGUUUUUAUACAAAAUUGAAGUUAAUUGCUUUGAUUUGUUUUUCAAAGUUUAUCUUAUUUUAUUUUCUAAAAAUUCGAGGGACACGUUAUUCCUUCUGUUUUGAAUUUUGUUAUAAUGAUUGCGAUUCCUCUUAUUUUCCGCAGUUUUUUUCGAAGUGGAAUGACAGGCAAAAAGGGACGAGGAGGUAUGUCUGGACCGAUGGGAAAUCUUUUUGGCUUCUCUCAAUCAACUGUCAGAGUUAUUAACAAAGAAGAUAUAAAAACAACAUUUAAAGACGUGCCUGGUUGCGAAGAAGCAAAAAUUGAAAUUAUGGAAUUUGAAAAUUUUUUGAAGAACCCUCAGCAAUAUCGAGCGUUUGGUGCGAAAAUUCCAAAGGGUGCUCUCCUCACUGGUCCACCAGGAACUGGCAAAACUGCUUCCCAAAGCAACUGCAGGUGA